CGCAGAAGGAUUCGGUCGCGUUUUGAAAACAGGCUUGAGGCGCGCAACACCUGACGUUAUUUUACAUCGAGUAUUGUGGCCGACGGUCGAUAUACGUAAUUCGCACGAGAUCCUUUAAACUCGACUGCGACAGGCACGAACGAGGUCGUCCAAGAUGCCUGCGUUAGAGAAACCACAGCUGCGCAACCUCCACGUAACGCAAAUCACGAAAAGCAUCACAAAAGCGUUGGUACUUGGCUUCGUCUCGGCGGUGAUGUUCAAGGUAUUCGUUGCCGAUAGGAGGAAACAGAAAUACGCCGACUUCUACAAGACCUACGACGCGGAGAAGCAGCUGAAGAUCAUGAACGACGCCGGUCUCAUGCAGUCCUUCGUUCCCCCACAAAAGUAGACAUGCAAGUAGCGAGCGGAAACCUGAGGGGACGAGAAAGGGAUAAAUUUUCCUCGGGAUUUCUAUAUUAUAUAUCCGUACAUGUACAAUAAAUAAAUUCAACAUAGCGUUA